AUGGGGCAAGCAAAGGAAAUUUGCAGCGGAGAACAUUGGUAUCACUACCAAUGUAGAAGCAUAACUGAGAGCUAUUCUAGAGGCAAUUCAAUACUGUGUGAACAAGAAAAUGAGGAAAAUAAUCCUGGAAUCAGAUUCGUUAUUAAUGAAGAUUGGAAAGUGCUGUGGGUAAUAGCAGAGGAGUUUGAUGAGCUUAAACAUGAAAUGACAAAGCUUGAAUUCUACAGAAAAGAUGAUUAUGAGGUCGAAGAAAAGAAGCAAGUUGCUGCAGAUGUCUUGUUUCAAUAUUCAAACUUUGUUAUGGCCUGCAUUGGUAAUCAAGUUCGGCCUUGUAAUCUGAGGCUACAUUUGAUGAAAGAGGUCUCAGGAUUACCAACUUCAUUGAAGCAGGAGCGACGUGCAGCAUCCUCUCCCAAUGAAAUGGGAGAGUCUUCGAGCUUAGGCACUUCGAGACUUGAAACAGACAGCUUUAAAGGUCUCUAGA